AAUCCACUUGAUGAAACAGCCAAGAUGGCGGCCCAGCGGAGGAAUCUGAUGCAGAGCCAUCAGAGCUGGACAGAUGACCUGCCUCUCUGCCAGAUGUGUGGGGUGGGCUCGGCUCCCAACUGUGUCUACGGCCCUGACGGUAAAGGCACUCAAAGCCACCCCAACGAAGAUGGACACCUACGGUUCAGGGGAGAGGACGGUUGUUUCCUGUACGGCGUGUUCAACGGCUACGACGGCAGCCGCGUUGCAAGCUACGUGUCCCAGUUCCUCACUGCCGAGCUGCUGCUGGGACAGCUCAACUCCACACACACCGACGACGACGUGCGCAGACUCCUCACACAGGCCUUCAGUGGAGUGGAGAAGAGCUUCUUUAAGACGAUUGACGACGCGCUGGCUGUGAAGGCUGACCUCUCCAAUUACCUCCCAACACACAACGAGGGUACCGGGUACCACCAGCUGUCCCCCCAGGGCCAGAAGGUGCAGGAGCGUCUGAAGGAGCUGGAGCAGGAGGUGUCUGGAGGAGCCACGGCCGUGGUGGCCCUCAUCCUCAACAGCAGGCUGUACAUCGCCAACGUUGGGUCCAACCGGGCACUGCUGUGCAAGUCCAGCAGCGACGGGCAGAACCAGGUGCAGCAGAUCGGAAGACCUCACAACACGGAAAAUGAGGAUGAGCUGCAGAGACUGGCUGCCCUGGGUGUGGACCCAGCCAGGGUGAAGCAGGCGGGGCAGAUCGCAGGUCAGCCCAGCACCAGAACCAUCGGAGACUACCGGGUCAAACUCAACUACACAGACAUCGACUUGCUCAGUGGGGCCAAGUCUCAGCCAAUCAUCGCCGAGCCGGAGAUCCACCGCAACCAGUUGGACGGCGUGACGGGCUUCCUGCUGCUGAUGUCGGAGGGCCUCAUCAGCGCCCUGGAGUCCGCCCGCGGACCCGAGCAAGCCAAUCAGGAGAUGGUUGCCAUGGUAGCGGCGGAGCUGGCGCAGCAGAGCGACCUGGAGGCAGCGGCCCAGGCGGUGGUGGAGCGCGUGAAGCGGGUGCACCACGACGCCCACGCCUCGGGGCGCCAGCGGGCGGCCCGCUGCGCCCGCCACGAGGACAUGACGCUGCUGGUCCGCACGCUGGACUACCCCCCCUCCGACGGCCUGCUGACGCCCACGCAGGGGGGCCGCAUCUACCCGGUGUCCGUCCCCUACUCCAACAGCCAGAGCACCAGUAAGACCAGUGUCACCCUCUCCCUGGUCAUGCCCUCCCAGGGCACCCUCACCAACGGGACCAACACCGCCUCCACCGUCGAGGAGGGGACCCCCACCCCGGGCCAGAGCCCCACGGCCACCCUGCAGUCCACCAACACCCAGACCCAGAGCUCCAGCUCCAGCUCCGGGGACGGCAGCCUGUUCCGCCAGAGGGGCAGCCAGGCGGCCCAGCCGGACGAGACGGGCCGCGUGCCGCCCUAUGUGGACUUCAGCCAGUUCUACCGGCUGUGGGGCAGCGACCAUGCCGACACUCAGAGCACCCUCGGGCCCCAGUGAGGGGACACAAGGACUGUGGAUGGGGGGGAUUUAUGGGUGGGUGGGUGGGUGGGGGAGAGUGAUGAGACACCAAGGACUGGGAUUGGGCAGGGGUUGGAUUGUGUGGGUGGUUAUUAAGGGUGGAUGCAAUCCUGGGAUGAUUGGUUGAAGUCUGCUUCCUCCAUAUUUCUUACGAAAUCCGUCCCCUGUCGCGUUGACGGAUGUGGAAUGACCUGCGAUGAAGACGGACGGAGCACUUGGAGUUCUUCCUGGGUCAACUCGCAGGGCUGUAGUGGCUCAGGUCGGAGAACAAUGUGGGAAACAAGUUUGUGGUCUCCUUCUGGAGGAGGGUCUGCUCUGGCUUGUUGGUUGGCCAGAGCUUCUGAUCUUUUCAAAACUAUCCUUUCCUUUUUUUAGCCAGGAAUAUGUGUAUUGAGCGCUAGAUGUUUAUUUCCAAAUAAAGGGUUUACAUGCAUCUUGACUUCCGACUUCCGAAGUUGCCGUCUAUAUGCCGUUAUAUGAUUGACCUCAGCUUAACUUGUAAGUUGCUUUGGAUAGAGCGUGCUGAAUGAUUGAACGUUAAUACGUCCACCUGGUCGGAGUCAGUAAAUCUGCAUUUGUUUGUUUUGUGGUGUACAUGCCAUUGUUCAUUGAAUUUCUAAACGUGGAACCUGGCCAAUAUCUUUUAUGAUUUGGUUGUCGGGCGAGUGAAGGGGAGGGUCACGUUUCCCCCUGAACUUUCUGAUGCGACACAAUGGGACCCUUCCGCUCAGAGGCGAGAUACCACAACAGCUAUUAAUGACCAGAGCAGUUCCUGCAGGACUUGGAAGAUGUCUUGGCGGCAGCAGCCGCUAUCUUGUCCAGACAGCGGAUGUGGAGGGUUUAGUGUAAGCAACAGUGGAGUGUUGUAUACGAUAGCCAGUUGCACUCCCCUAAUAAACGAUAACUUGCUUGGGCUUGGCGUUGAACUACACGCAUGCUCCCACACACACACGCACAGACAAGCGCAUGUGCAGACACACACAAGCGCAUACGCAUGCAGGCAUGCACACACACUAAUAGAAAGACACACACACACACACACACACACACACACACACACACACGUUAGGCUAAAGUGCAGAGAACAUGGAAUAAACUGUUUGUGCUCAUUUCCUUCUCCUAUUUAGUUAUAAUGAUAUGUUUGAGAAGCACUUUGAUCACGACAGGAUGAAGUAGCAGUCUUUGUGCUGCAAUCUGUUUCACCGUUAUCAGAACCCUCCCUCUCCUCACACACACAGACCCAUAAACAUCACAACCACACACACGUAUGCACACAACCAAAAUACAGACGGAUUUAAAUGGAACAAUCAAUGCCAGCAGGUCCAAAUUAUUGAACAGUCUGUCUCUGUCUCUCCCUUCUAUAUGUGUAUUCAGUGCUAGGUUAUUAUUUUCAAAUAAAGGAUGAACAUGCAGCCUGAAUUCAGCUACACGUUUCCGUCUAUAUGCUGUUUCUAUGAUUGUGUUCAGCCUAACUUGUAAGUCAAUUUUAAUAUAAGCGUCCACAGUUUGCUAAAUAAUUAAAUGUAAAUAUGUCCACUUCAUCAUUCAGUUAAUCUGCAUUGUUCUCUAUAUUUGUAAUUUGUGCAUGAUGAUAGACAUAGUGCCUUGUUCAAUUGCACAGUUAAAUUAUAUGACUACAUUACCCAUAGUCCUGUUGUGAUCUGCUGUAUAAGUUCUCCUGUAGUCUAAAGAGGUGGUGAGCCAGCCUUGGUGGGAUACCCUGGGAAAGAUAAGAGGCUCUCAGUUUCUCACCAUGGCCGUGGGAUUGAUAGGCUGUGAGAGGUGUUCUAAAUCUAUAAAGAGCCAAAUGUUAUCUUACAGGGGUACUUUG